CUUGCCACUGGUGUGCUCGUCUUUAACGAUGAACGUCGGCUCCCGACUCCCCCCGGACACCAGUGGAUCCGCCUCGGACGCAGUGUGGAGCAGCAGCCAGGAUGAUCCCAGUGGGUGAAUUCAGAAACUUCGGCGCCGAGCAGAACUCAAAGUAUCGGGUCCUGAAACCGUGGUGGGAUGUUUUCUCCGAGUACCUGUGCGUGGCUAUGCUGAUGAUCGGUGUCUUUGGGUGCACCUUGCAGCUCACCCAAGACAAGAUUUCUUGCCUGCCCUUCCCCUACACCAGCAAGACGCCGGAAGUAAUCGACUGCAGCCACAUCCGGACCUACAGGGACAACGAGACCUCAGAGCACACAUUGGUCCCACCUGCAGAGCCCGUCAUCGUGGAGGUGAUUGGGCGCAAGAACAACCUGGACAUCCCCCAGUAUGUGUUUGUCAACCACUAUUGCUACGAGAAGUUUGUCCACUGGUUUGCAAAGUUCUUCCCGUACCUCGUUGUGAUCCACACUAUGAUCUUCAUGGUAGCGAGCAGCUUCUGGUUCAAGUUCCCCGGGACGUCCUCUAAACUUGACCUGUUCGUUACCAUCCUUGGGAAGUGCUUCGAUUCUCCCUGGACCACGAGGGCCCUGAGCGAGGUUUCUGAGGAAAGAGGAGAGGAGAAGCUGGUUAGUUGGAGGAGGACCACCAUGUCCAAGGAUUCCACGGAUCGACGAGCAGAAGACGAGGAGACCACGGGAUUGCUUCUUCGCUCCGCCUCCGUUAAAUCCAACCCAGAAAAGAAAAACCCGGAGCUUCAGUCGGCCCCUUCCGUCCUGGAUAAGAAGGAAGGAGAGCAGGCCAAAGCUCUGUUUGAAAAGGUGAAGAAGUUCAGGACUCAUGUCGAGGAAGCAGACAUCUUGUAUGUCAUGUAUGUGCUACAAACGUCACUGAAAGUCUUCAAGUUCCUUGUAAUCAUUAUCUACACGGCAGUGCUGGUACCGAACAUUGAGAUAAUAGUGCGCUGUUAUGUUCCCCCUGAGCUAACUGGUUUUGAUAUCUAUUGCUGUAACCACAACAAAGCCCAUCUUUUCUCCAAGCUUGCCUACUGCUAUAUCUGCUUUGUGGGAGUGUACGGACUUCUGUGCAUCUACACCCUCUACUGGCAGUUUCAUCGAUCUCUGAAGGAGUACUCCUUUGAGCAGGUCCGCCUGGAGACGGGCAUCAACGACAUACCGGAUGUGAAGAAUGACUUUGCCUUCCUCCUGCACCUCGUGGACCAAUAUGACGCACUGUACUCGAAGAGAUUUGCCGUCUUUCUUUCCGAGGUCAGCGAGAGCCAUCUCCAUCAGCUCAACCUCAACUACCUGUGGACCGCCAAGAAGCUGCGUACCCGCCUCGCCAAGAACUCCAGCAACCGGUUGGAGCUCCACCUGUCAAUGUUGCCGGGGCUCCCCGACACCGUCUUUGAGAUCACUGAAGUGGAAUCGCUGAAACUGGAGCAGGUUAAGAAUGUCAUCAUCCCAGCUGGUGUCGCAAAGCUGGACUCUCUUCGGGAGUUAUCGUUGGUCUUCUGCCCUGCAAAGCUUCAUCUUUCUGCCCUGAACCACCUCAAGGCACAUUUAAAGGUCCUGUGUCUACAUUUUGAAAGUUUAGAAGAGGUGCCUAUGUGGAUGUACAGCCUGCAGAGCUUGGAGGAGUUGCAUCUGUGUGGUCCUUUAGCCAAUGAGGUGUCCAGAAGUGCCACUCUGGACUCUCUUCGAGAGCUUAGAGCUCUGAGAGUCCUCGAACUGCACGCCAACCUUACUAAGAUCCCACCCAGCGUUGUGGAUGUUGCGCUGCAGCUGCAGCGGUUGAGCAUCUACAACGAAGGCGUCAAGAUCCAAGCUUUUAGCUGCCUGAAGAAGUUAACCAACCUCGUCUCGCUGGAGCUGGUGGGCUGCGAGCUGGAGCGCAUCCCAAGUGCCGUCUUCAGCCUGAGCAAUCUGCAGGAGCUGGACCUGAAGGAAAACAAACUCAGCACGGUGGAGGAGAUCCUGAGCUUGCAGCACUGCCGCCGAUUGGUGACACUAAAACUGUGGCACAACAAAAUCACUUACAUCCCUGAUCACAUUAGUAAGCUGCAAAGCCUGGAGACGCUGGACAUCAGCUGGAACAAGCUACGAAAGCUUCCCUCUCGGCUGUUCUACUGCACCAAGCUCAGGCACCUCGAUGUCUCCCACAACCAGCUCACCUCCCUUCCCCCUGAGGUGGGCAUCCUGCAGGGCCUCCAGUUCUUCUCCGCUGCUUUCAACUCCCUGGAGGUGCUGCCAGAGGAGCUGUUCUCCUGUAAAAGGCUAAAGACGCUGGCUCUCGGAAACAACUGCCUGUUGGACCUCAGUCCCCGAGUGGCCAGCCUGGCCCAGUUGGUGCGUCUGGAGGUGAAAGGGAACCGUCUGGAGUCCCUACCUGUGGAGAUAGGGGACUGCUCCGUGCUGAAUCUCAGUGGGUUGAUAGUGGAGGAAAACCUGCUGAAUCUGCUGCCAUCAGAUGUACGAAGCAGGUUGACUAAUCGCUGAGUUUGUGGAGCUACGGGCUGUUGCUGACUCAGCUUCUCUGUGUGUGUGGUGGUCUAUAACGAUCUGAAAAUGGAGUACCGAUCCAUGCCACUCGGUGGAACGUCUCAGAAAAAAUAGCAUUAACACCAUAACCAUAAAUGACCACAAAAGGACAACCGAACACUAGAAAACAUAUAUCUAUAACAAAUCAUCGUGAAAUGUGCUUUCAAAUGUGUCAAUGAGUGAAAGAUCAUUAAUUACGAUACCUUUUUUAAAAAUGUAUACUGUUGACAAGGGUUCAACAUUUUACACUAAUAAAACAGCGUCUUCACUGUU